UUAUUUAAAUUUAAUUUAUUUCACGCACACACUGCACUGUAGGCUUUUGUGCCAAAGUCAUAUUAACCCCUGCCUAUUUAUUAUUCAGUGCACGACGUCCCGCACGCACGUUGAAUAUUCAUGUUGAUGGACAUUCGCUGUCGUUUUACUCCUCCCAUAUCCCAACGCAACAGCGGCGCGACGCAGCGCCAUGGAGACUGUCAAAGUACAGAAGAAACUAUGUUUACUGUUAUUCGCUAAAGCACAACUGCUUCUCGCUUGGCGCCUUCUUUUUAUUGUGUCACUCGCUGUCGCAGACAUGGCAGACACAACAGCCAUGCCCACCAAAGACCGCGCUCUGAAAGGAAGGGAGGAAAAAAUGGUCGUGGCAGAGAAGCAUGCUGUCAAUGGCAACCCCACAGUGGAGCCGUUUCCAGAGGGCAUGGAGACCAUCAUGUUUGGUAUGGGCUGUUUCUGGGGACCUGAAAAGCGCUUCUGGCAGAAAUCGGGGGUGUUCUCUACCCAUGUGGGCUACGCAGGGGGACACACACCCAACCCCAACUACCAGGAAGUGUGCUCAGGUUUGACAGGACACACUGAGGUGGUGAGGGUGGUCUUCUCCCCCGAGGACAUCAGUCUGGAGGAGCUACUCAAGGUGUUCUGGGAGAGCCACGACCCCACUCAAGGAAUGAAGCAGCAGGCAGACUAUGGAACCCAGUAUCGUUCAGCCAUUUACACCUCCAGUCCCUCUCAACAGGAGCUGGCUCUCAACACCAGACAAGCCUACCAAGAGGUGUUAUCUGAGAAGGGCUAUGGAUCCAUCACCACAGAGGUUCUAGAGGGCCAGGAGUUCUUCUACGCGGAAGACUAUCUCCAGCAGUACCUGAAGAAGGUUCCCAAGGGCUACUGCUGUCUGAAGGGGACCGGGGUGAACUGUCCCAUCGGAGCUGAAGCAGACGAUGACAAAGACGAGCUGUGAAAAGAGAGAGAGAGAGAGAAAGAGAGAGAGAAAGAGAGAGAGCGAGAGAGAGCAAGAGAGAGAGCGCGAGAGAGAGAGCGAGAGAGAGAGCGAGAGAGAGCGAGAGAGAGAGAGAGAGAGAAUGGAAUACAAGGUGGAUGGAAUACAAGGUGGGUUUUUCGCAGAUCUGAGUUUGUCGCUAUCAAGGUGGAAAUCACGCUUUUGAAUUUUCCUGCUUCAUAUAGUCUCUUUAUGGCCAAGUUAGGAGACUUGUUUGGACAAUCUUGACUUUCUAUAAACAAUCAGAAAUAGGUAUGGGUUAAAAAAAAAAUUCCACUCCCUAAAGGUUUUCUGAACUCGCUUAGCAUUGUGUUAAUUUGGCUAAUUGGCUAAAUCAUUUCAAAAGUAUUUAGCAAUCUCUAUGAACGCUAUUGUAUACAAUGAUAAUUGUUUUUUUUUUUAAGUUGAAAUUGAAGUGUUGCAAUUCAAUAUAGCCCAUAUCAAGGUUAUUUUAUUAUUAUAUUGGUGCAUGAUGCCGUGAGACCUCUUUGUAUGCGAGGCUGAAGUACUGAUAGAAAUCCACAAGAUGGCAAUAGAUACCAACAAACUUAACCUCUCAACAAAACCGCUUCAGGAUUUCAUUCCAUCCACUCAAUGUGACAUCCUCACCCUUUAGGGCUAUCUUCCAUUAAGAGAGAUGCUGGCCCAUGUUAACUCCAUUGCUUUCCAAAGUUGUGUCAAGUUGGCUGGAUGUCCUUUGCGUGGUGGACCAUUCUCAAUACGCACUGGAAGCUGUUGAGCGGGAAAAACCCAGCAGUGUUGCAGUUCUUGACACAAACCGGUGUGCCUGGCACCUACUCCCUACUCCCAUACCCCGUUCAAAGGCACUUACAUUUUUUUGCCUUGCCCAUUCACCCUCUGAAUGGCACACAUACACAAUCCAUGUCUCAAUUGUCUCGAAGGCUUAAAUCCUUCUUUAACCUGUCUCCUCCCCUUCACCUACACUGAUUGAAGUGGAUUUAACAAGUCACAUCAAUAAGGGAUUAUAGCUUUCACCUGGUCAGUCUAUGUCAUGGAAAGAGCAGGUAUUCAUUAUGUUUUGUACACUCAGGCUUAUGUGUGAGAGCAUCCCUGGUUUUCAGCUAAACAAAAUCAAAUCAACGUUUAUUGGUCGAGUACACAGUUCAGCAGAUGUUGUAGUGGGUGCAGCGAAAUGCAUAUGUUACGGGCUCCUUACAAUGCCGUAUAAUGUUUUUUAAAAAAGCACACAGGGCCUCCUGAGUGGUGCAGUGGUCUAAGACACUGCAUUGAGGGCUAGCUGUGCCACUAGAGAACCUGGUUCGUGUCCAGGCUCUGUCGCAGCCGGCCACGACCGGGAGACCCAUGGGGCGGCGCACAAUUGGCCCAGCAUCGUCCGGGUUAGGGAAAGGUUUGAGUGGCAGCGCACUAGCGAUUCCUGUGGCGGGGCGGGCGCAAUGCACACUGACACGGUCGCCAGGUGCACGUGUUUCCUCUGACACAUUGGUGCGGCUGGAUUCCGGGUUAAGCGGGCAUUGUGUCAAGAAGCAGUGCAGCUUGGCUGGGUUGUGUUACGGAGGAUGCACGGCUCUCAACCUUCACCUCUCCCGAGUCCGUACGGAAGUUGCAGCGAUGGGACAAUUGAAAUAAAUGAAUUAGGCCCUAAUCUAUGGAUUUCACAUGACUGAGAAUAGAGUUGCAUAUCAGAUGCAUACUUUUUUCACGCAGGAAAAAAAGAUAAAACGCAUAAAAAAAUAUCUUGCUGCGUUUUGUAAAAACAGAUCUAAAAUGCUUCCAAUUGUAAUUUAUGCUCGUUAUCAGACUAAUUGUGUGCUUCAGUUGCACUUCUAAACUCAGCAGACAGUGUUCCGACUGAUGUGUAGCUUCUUUUAAAAUGCAAGAUUAACUUUAAGCAAAACAUUAAGGAAAUGUAGCUGGCUUUCUAUUACAGCCCUAAACAUUAGAAAUAUGAUGGCCAUACAUAGUAAUGCAAAAAAUACCUUGCCUUUUUCAUUGUAAGCUCAUUUACUUGUGUGGCUGCCAGCCAAAUAGCGUUGCACUUCUAUUGUCAUCUGAUGAAAAUGAAGCUAUUUUAUGUUGAAUGUGUUGCACUGAUGUAUUUUCUGUGAAGGAAAACUGUAGUUGCACAUCCCUUAUCACUCUAUUGAAGCAACAAAAAAAACACAGUUGACUUUCAAUAUAAAACGUGACCGCUGUCAAUACACAGCUGGUCUCACCUGCUCCUGCUUUCUACUGUUGUGCUAUUUACAAACAAACACGUGACUGGCUCAACUGUGCUGGGGAACUAAGUAAGCUUCAUAAAUGCAAAAUAAUGUGACAGAUAAAAAUGAAGUAUGUGAUCUUUAUCUCCUAACGUAUUGCAUAAGUUGACUGCAGGUAUUUACUUAAAAAAAAUAGCUACAAAUAUGAAAUGUAUAUAAUGUAUUGAAAAACUUCAAAUAAAUAUUUUCAACAGUA